UGCGUUCGCCUGAGCAAGAGAGUAGAAAGCUCAGCUGCGGUGGAGGGAGUCUAUGCGUGCUGGACAGCAGUGGGAGGUGUAUGAGACGCUGGCUGCUGACACUAGGGCUCAAUCGCCGCGAAGCCAGGACUUGGCGACCGGGCUGCCGGGCUAUCUGGCCGAGUCUUCUGAGGCGCAAACUAAUGGGACUGGUUUGCUGGGCAGCGUCGCAGAGAUCUUUUAAGUACACUGAGCCGGGCCCGCGCUGAAGUAGAAGCUGUCGUGGGGCGCGCAGCCUAGAGUCCCAGUGUGGCCCGGAGGAACGGAGUCUGUGCCAGGGGGACCCAGUUGGGAGCCUGGGGACCGAACUCGCGUUGUGGGGAGACCCCUCCGCUUCUUCCCAGGGUCGUCAGUCUCAGGACGGUCGAGGCGUCGGGGCCACCACCAAGUGCUCCGCUGGGAGACCCCGUCGGGGAGAGGACACGCAGUCUCCAACAGUGUGGGGGAAGCCGAGCGGAAUCCGGCGGGAUCACCCGGGGGCGCCGAGCCCCCGUCUCGCCCCUUGAGGCGGAGAGGCCAGGGGAGCGACUCGGAGGCCGCAGCCCAUGCCCAGGUUGGGGGCGCUUGCCCAGUGAGUCCUCCUGGCCAGGCCGGCGGAGGAGAGCGACUCCGAGGCCGGCGGGAGGGGAGAGCUUCAAGGCCCGCGGCUGCGGAGGAUGGGCGCCUGAGUGACUCCCGAGCGCAGCGCGGCACGGGCAGGCUAGGCGAGCUUUGCUGAGGAGGCGCCCGGGGACCCUGAAGUGCGUCCUGCCCCCGGGAAGAUGGCCCUGCCUGGGCAGCGUUGGCUCAGCAAGUGGCUUGUGGCGAUGGUCGUGUUGACGCUGUGCCGGCUUGCAACGCCGCUGGCCAAGAACCUGGAGCCAGUGUCCUGGAGCUCUCUCAACCCCAAGUUCCUGAGCGGGAAGGGCUUGGUAAUCUACCCGAAGAUUGGAGACAAACUGGACAUCAUUUGCCCCCGAGCAGAAGCAGGGCGGCCCUACGAGUACUACAAGCUGUACCUGGUGCGGCCGGAGCAGGCAGCUGCGUGCAGCACUGUGCUUGACCCCAAUGUACUGGUCACUUGUAACAAACCACAGCAGGAAAUCCGCUUCACCAUCAAGUUUCAGGAGUUCAGCCCCAACUACAUGGGCCUGGAGUUCAAAAAGUACCACGAUUACUACAUUACUUCGACAUCCAAUGGAAGCUUGGAAGGGCUGGAGAACCGGGAGGGAGGUGUGUGCCGCACUCGUACCAUGAAGAUUGUCAUGAAGGUUGGGCAAGAUCCCAAUGCUGUGACACCUGAGCAGCUGACUACCAGCCGGCCCAGCAAGGAGGCAGACAACACUGUCAAGACAGCCACACAAGCCCCUGGUCAGGGUCCCCAGGGUGACUCUGAUGGCAAGCAUGAGACUGUGAACCAGGAAGAGAAGAGUGGUCCAGGCGCAAGUGGGGGCAGCAGCGGGGACUCCGACAACUUCUUUAACUCCAAGGUGGCAUUGUUCGCGGCCGUCGGUGCUGGCUGUGUUAUCUUUCUGCUCAUCAUCAUCUUCCUGACGGUCUUGCUACUCAAGCUGCGUAAACGACACCGCAAGCAUACACAGCAGCGGGCAGCCGCUCUCUCGCUUAGUACCCUAGCCAGCCCUAAAGGGGGCAGUGGCACAGCGGGCACCGAGCCCAGUGAUAUCAUCAUCCCCUUACGGACUACAGAGAACAACUACUGCCCCCACUAUGAGAAGGUGAGUGGGGACUACGGGCAUCCUGUCUACAUCGUCCAGGAAAUGCCACCCCAGAGCCCGGCGAACAUCUACUACAAGGUCUGAGGGCCCAGCACAGCCUCAGGCUCCAAGGGACACAUGGCCUGGACCGGCCUCUCCUUUCUCCCCUAUACCCCUCCCCUUGCCAGCUGUGCCCACCUUUGUAUUUAGUUUUGUAGUUUCUUGGCUUUUAUAAUCCCCCAUUUUUCCUGCCCCUUGGGCUUCGGAGGGGGGUGCCUGUGCCCCUAAUCCCCAUGCUCUUGUGCCUUCCCCCUCUGGCCAGGCCUCUGGGCUUUGUGGGGGCGCCCUUUCGUGGAGGGCAGGGUUGGACACUAAUGGACAAGCAGGCAGGGAGACAGCCCCCUGGCCCUGCCCACUCCUCACCCCCUUUUCCCCUUCCCAGGACUGCUCGUCCACUAUCACUGUUUUUAAUGCCUUUGUGUUCAUUUUUUAGCUGUCAACUCAUUUUCAUCUAUUUUUUGAAGAAAAAAAUGGAAAAAUGUACAAGGCAGCCCCUCCCCAGGCUUUCUGAACCUGGCCUGACCCAGUAUAAGAGGGCCUGGGGCAGGAUAUGGCCAGCCAGGAAGCAUAGGAUGGCAUUUCUUUUAUAGACUCCUUGGUAUUUCAGGGGGUGGGGGAGGGCAGGCCAGGGAAGAGGAGAAUGCCACCGGGCAAGGUGUCCCACCCUCCUUUCCAGACCCUCAGAAUACAAAGCUGUUCCUGGCAAUGGGGUACUGGGUACUGACUACCACCCUUCCACCAAAAAAGAAAAAAAAAAAGCCCUUCCUUGUGGGAGUCUUGGGCAUCUCCUGCCUCCCUCACUCUCACGGUAAUUAAUGUCUUAAUUGGCUGUUGCCUGGGGAACAGGAGAGCUGCUUCAGGCAGAUGACCUCAUGAGGGGUGGAGGGAGGUGAGGUGCCUAGGUGGCUAUUUGCUCUGCAGAGCUGGGAGUCCCCCCCCCCGCCCUGUUCUCUCCUCACCUUUGGCACCCUUUGGUUUGGUGGGCAAACAGGGGUCCAAGGUGGAGACCUAAGCGGGUAUAAGGCCAGGUGGCCUGCUCCUUUUCUGCCCAUCGGCCCCCCCUAGUCUUGAGCUGGGGCCUGGAAAGGGGAAGAGGCUGCUCAGGGCUGGGACAGCCUGCAGUGCACUUUGACCCCAGCUCCUUGCCAGCAUGGCUGCUAACAGACGGCCACUCCAGUGCACCUCGCAGGCACUCCCAGAGCUGCCAUGGAAGGAGCUGGGCCUUAUACCACCCACCUCCACACUGCCUCUUGGCCAGCUGCCCACCCCAGCGCCAGGUGGGAGAGGGAGCGGAACAGCCAGCCCCUUCCAGGUGGCAGUUGGAAGGGAUCUUUGUUUUUGUUUCUGUUGCCAUUUGUGUAAAUACUAGUCUUUUUGGAAGAAAUAAUGUAAAGAUGUUUUGUAUAAACUCUGAAUUAUU